CGCGGAACAACGGGUGGAAGUGCAACUGACGUUUCACAGCCAGGGAGAGCCAUGGCUUUUCUGGGGGGCAAGCGCCGCAAAUUUGGAGCUUCUGCUCUAGGCCGAGAUGAUGAAUCUGAUGAUGGUGAGGGAACUGCUCACCCACAUGGUUAUUCCAAGUGGUCUGGACCACGAAAACGCAUCUAUGGCAUUUUGGCCUCAGAGAAGACUGAUUGGUUCCUCGCAACCAUGAUCCUCUCAAGUUUGGUUCUCCUGUGCAUUGAUGCGGAUUUGUCAGCCAAACAAGACAGCGGGCUGACUGAGGACGAACAAGUCCGGAAACAGAUUGUCAGCGUGAUUUCAACAUGUUACACAGGCGUAUAUGCCAUGGAGAUGGUUGCCCGGGUCUGUCUUCCGCAGGGAUGUAUUCCGCACUGCGAUGAUUUUUGAUUUCCUCAUCGUCAUGGCGGACGUGGCCAUGGUUGUUGUGGACUUUACGCUAGGAGACUCUUUCGCUUCUGUCUCCUUCCUGCGGAUGUUUCGCCUGGCAAGACUAUUCAGCAACCGGCUUGGUAUUUUCAUGCCGAAGGGCACGGUGUGACAUUGCCACUGAUAGUCGUAACAUGAGUCAUGAGCCAUAAUCAAUUAAAGAUUCACGUGUACUAUGAACUUUUUACAGUAAAUCAACCCGCAACAUCUACUGCGCAAUCACAUGAUGUCAACUGAGGAUUUGUACGUGUCGUGGGCAUGUUUCCUGAACUGCAAUUCUUGGUGAAGGGCUUCAUCUCCUCCUUCUCUGCAGUGUUCUGGGGCUCUAUCUUGAUGUGGAUUGUGAUCCUUAUGUGGGCCAUUAUUGCAGUCUACUGGAUUCAUCCUAUACACCUUGCCGCGAUUGGGAAAGACAACAAUGACGAGCUGACAAUAGACUUCGGAGAGUGCGGUCGUAGGUGCAGGGCAUGGCGCUCUGUGUGGGACUCUGUAAUCACGUUGUGCCAGACUGUCGUUUUUGGAGAUAGCUGGGGCCUCUCAGCCAUUGGGAUUAUUGAAGAAGAGCCGUGGACUAUAAUAUUCUUUGCCGGGAUGUAUGGAACCAUCUCUCUUGGUGUGCUGAACCUCAUUGUUGCUGCCAUUGUGGACAGCGGCGCUCAAGCGCGCGAGGAGGCGCUAGAAGCUAAGAGGAGAAAGCAGCGCAUAGAAGAACAGAAACAGAAGGAGAGGCAGAAGAAUCGAUUGCUGGAAAUUUGCAAAGUUCUCGACGACGACGAGAGUGGUUCUCUGUCAUUCGAGGAGCUUCUUCAGGGGUUCGACAAAAAUGCGGAAUUCCGCACUGCAAUGAAGGACUACAACAUAAACCGUGCAGAGCUGGACGUGCUUUUUAGAGUUUUUGAUGAAGACGGAGAAGG